AUGUUUCUUCUGGCUUUGUUUCUUUCUGCUUGGGUAUUGCCAGUAUAUGUAGCUCUUGGUAAGCUUUCUGUUUUUAAUGGUACAGAUAAUCUAGGUUGCUCACAUGGUCAGAUUCGUCUAGUGGAUGGAAAUGGUCCAAAUGAGGGAAGACUAGAAAUAUGUAACAGUAGUAAGGGAGAUUGGGGAACUGUUUGUGAUGAUAUGUGGUCACACACCAAUGCUCAAGUAGUUUGUAGACAACUGGGAUACUCUACUGAUGGGGCUGUAUUUCUUGAGAAAGCAUUCUUUGGUGCUGGGAAUGGGUCCAUACUAUUAGAUGAGGUUGAAUGUUCAGGAUCGGAAGAUACAAUACUUCAAUGUAUGCACAAUAGUUUUGGGUCUCAUGAUUGUGGACAUCAUGAGGAUGUAGGCAUACAUUGCUCAGAAUCAGUAACAAUAGAAGACUCUGUUGAUAAUGUCACAGUGUGUGAUACUGAACUUGAUGACCAACUGUGGUCAGUAAUGAGUACCAAUGGUAGGUGUGAGCCUUACAUUAAAAGAGACUCUAAAGUUGGAAUUUGUGAUGACCUUUAUAUUGCUGGGACUGAUUAUGUGUACAUUCCAAAUAGACGUCUUAGAGGCUCUCAGAAUCUUUUAAGACAAUUCACAGAAGAACUUGAUGAGUUUAUUCCAUCAAUACCAGUCCGCUGUCGUGAUAUUGCUAUACUUCCUCAGUUAUCCUGUCAGCAUCAACUGUCAUUCCUACUGUGA